CCUUUUUUUUUUCCUCUUUUUUCCAGAAACAAAAAAGCAGUCGCCGGAGAAGGAGCACGCCGCGCCGGCGAAGCAUCUCCGGCUCCCCCUCAUCCGACGACGACGGCCGGGCCAACGCCUGCCACCAAUCCCUACUACAGAACCACGAGCCCCCGCCGCCCACCAUGCCGUGCUCGCUUCUCCCCCCGAACCCCCACCCGCGGACAUGAUCCCCCGCGAUGGAGGAUCCGGGCCCGUCGUCCGCCGCCCCUGAGCCUCCCCCGCCCCCGCCGGAGGAGGGGGCCGGCUGGGUGCUCCUUCCGCCCAGCGAGGUCGAGGGCAUCGACGAUCCCAAGGUCAUCCACUGGGAGGACCUGCAGCAGGAGCUCGCCCGCCUCUGGAGCCUCUCCGCCGCGCUCCAAUCCGUCAGGGACCGCAAGGCGCAACUCGCCGCGCGACUCGAGUCCUCCAUUGAGGCUAGACGGGCAUUUCUCCAGCAGGAUAAUGAGUUGGCUGAAAUGAGGCAGAGACUGCAAGAGCAUACUCAUCAUCUGGGGGAUUUGAAAGUGCGCACAAAGAAAUCCUCAGAUGAUGUUGAGGGUAAAAGGGAACAGCUUUGUGUCAAAAUUAGAACAUUGUCCGUGGCAAACAAAACUCUUGGCACUGCACGCAAUAAGCUUGAGGAAGCUAAUAAAUUGCUGUCAGGCAAAAAUGGUCAUGGGCGCCUUAAAAAUAUGGAACAGAAGUUACGGAAAAGACAGCAAUAUAUGGUAACUCAAGUUGCGCAGAUAUAUCCUGUGAGGCCUUUCGAUGAACAAUCUCCAGAUCACAAGCCUGGAAUUACCACUAGCAUCAUCAAAACAAGCACUGCUGAAUCAAUGUUGCCAAAUGGCUCUCAGAAAAGACCUCUGGCCAUAUUGGGUCUACAGUUAUCGAAGCCUACUGCCAAAAAGACUGGCUACUUCAGUGACAAGACUGAUUUUCAGAAAUCUUCUACUGUUCUGGGAUAUGUUGCACAUGCAGUCUCCCUCAUUGCAUCAUAUCUCAAUGUUCCUCUUCGAUAUCCUUUGCGCUUUGGAGGUUCACGGUCAUAUGUUCUUGAUCAUGCGCCUUCAGUUGAGCCAUCAUCUAUGACCUCAGUUGUGAGUUCUGUCCCGCCGAACACAAGCAUGAGGACAAUGCAAUUCCCUCUGUUUUUUGAUGGCCAGGAGACAACAAGAUCAUCAUAUGCAAUAUUCUUGUUGAACAAGGAUAUCGAACAACUCCUGAACUACAUUGGCGCAGAAAGUCUUGGGCCGAGACAUGUAUUAGCUAACUUGAAGCAGCUGACAACGAUCAUCCAGUCACAACAGUAUAUCUCUACUGAUUAGUUUGACCCAGAUACAGUUUUGGAGUUCUGGGCAUGUAGUCCAGACGUGGUGGGUGCUAUUUUUAACAGGCACCCUUUUUUCAUCGCCUAUUGACUCUCAAGAGCCAGUUUCUGUGCUGAUAUGUUCAUUGUAAAUGAGCAACUCAUUAAAGUUGGUGUAAAACGUUGUCACUUCCAGGUGUACAGGAUAGAUAUGGGUAAGAAACGAGAUACUGUAUUAGGAAUGGAGGAAGCAGUGGUGCUUGUUCAUGCCAUAGCCAUAGUUACUAUUGUUUUAGCCUGUUCUGUUCUAGUAGUAUUAACAAAAUGCACCCCCUGGUUUACGUGUACACGUUUGACUGCUGCAAGAUCGAGCAAUAUUUCUUGUAUCUUGCACUGCAUGUCAGUAAAAUGAUGAGCUGAUUUGUUCAA